AUGUCACGGUCAGUUUUCGUCUACAUAUGUGUUUUUCUUUUAUUUCUUUUCUGUGUUGUUAUCUUUGUGUAGUUUUUUUGUAUCAUUUAGAGAUUCCUUCCUUAUACUAGUUAUGCAUAUGUGGUGGUUUUUGCUAACAUACAUAAAACCAAUCCCCGGAAAUGUUUAUGCUUGUUUUUUUCCUUCUUGAACAAUUUUAUCGAAAAGAUGUAUGAUUCUUGUAUCUGAUAACAUCAUUUUUUAGAAUUGGGAAUAGUUAGUUGUUUUGUUGAUCUUAUGAGUUUUAAACUCAUUCUCAGCCGAUCUCUGGUGAUAAAAGUUCAAACUAUUUAUAAAAUCUCGAUGAAAUAUUGGAAUGAUGCGAUUUUGUCUGUGGCGGUUUCUAGUAAUAUUUUUUGAGAACGUCGCAGCAAAACCGCUGAGAGUUUACCCAGAUCAGAUCAUUUUCAAGUGAAAUUUCAUGAUUAUAUUCUCUCAAAUAUUUUUUCUCAUCAUUGAUUCAAUAGCAUAAUCACAUGCUCAAAAUUUUGAACCGAUUCCACUGCCGACAAAGAACGCAUCAUAUAGACGAGAGACUGUACUAUAGGCUUCUUCAUCCAGCUUGUUCGUUUUUUCGUUCAGUUUUUGUCUCUUGUGUAAACAUUUCAAUUUCUUCUUCUUCUUCUUCUUCGUUUUUUUUCUCGCUUCCUCCAACCGUCUUGGCAUCAACGCAUUUCGUCAUUGCUGCUUGCGCGCAUAAAGAAAGAAUUUUGUUUUGAGCAUGAGCACAAGCAAGCAAGCAAGCAAUUUUUGUGCUCUUCUUGUUGUUUUUUUCGAGCACAUCACCUCACUAUACAGAAAUAAGAAGCUCAAAAGACCAUUUCCUCUUUGAAUUUUUCAUGGUUUGGUUUGAUUUGAUUUGAUAAAUGAUGCUUAUAAAAUAUUUAUGUAUCCGGAACAUGUGGUCGUCUCUUUUAUUUUUUUCUUUCUGGAAUUGCAUUUAUAUCAAACAUCCUCCCUUUUUUUUUCCUAAUUCAUUUCUAGAAUUUUUCUUAUCAUCAUUUUUAUCAUCUUUAUUUUUCCAAACGCAUUUCCUCAUUCAAAAAAUCAAAGUUGUUCUAACUCAUCUGCCAUUCAUUCACCUACCCUUAUCAUUUUCUCACAAAUCGAAAAAUCCACUAUAUUUCACGGUAUAUCAAUAUUUACAAUUCAAGAUUUUUUGACAGCUCGCUAAAACAAAUAAAUUGCUUACCGUUUUUUUUUCUCGUCUCGUCUUUGAUUUUUUUGCAAUUUUCCUAUUACCUAACCGAACGGUCAUUUGUUUUCAGAACAGAAAUGUCAUCAUUUUUGAGUAAUACUGCGUCGACUGCUUCGCAUCUUUUCACAUUGCCAUUUUCUUUUCGCAAAAAGAAACAAAAGGUAGAACCAGAAUAUUGAAAUUUUCAAUAAACAAUCUAAAAUUUUUAUAGAUACACAAUUAAUCCACCAGAUGAAACAUACAGUGUUAUUUAUUUGGGAAAUGUGUUAACUGUAAUGGCUCGCGGAGAAAAUUGUUAUGAAAAACCACUGUCACUUAUCUGGAAAGCCUAUUGUUCAAGAAGUCGUAAUGAUUUGGGAAUGAAUUUGGAGAUCACAAGAUCGGGAUUAAAAGCUGAAACAAAACAACAAGGAUUGACUGAAUAUUGGGCACAUCGUGUUACGUUUAGUGCAGCUCCGCCAGAGUAUCCAAAAGUAUUUUGUUGGAUUUAUAAACAUGAUGGAAAGAGGCUGAAACCAGAGCUUCGAUGUCAUGCAGUUCUUUGUAAAAAGAAUAGCGAACCUGGUGUUAUAAAUACAAAACUUCAACGAUUUUUGCAAGCUGCGUUGCAGGUUGGUUUUUGUUCAUUCUUUUUUUUAAAUUUAAAUAUGUUAUUAUUCUUUAUACUUGAUGUUUACAGGAGUACAAACGGGAAAAAUUAUCAGCCCAGAACGCUCGUUUGAAUGGCGCUGCAGGAUGUCCACGUCGUAAACAAAUCCUUCAAACAGGAACUCUCAAUUUCCGGCCGCCAGUAAGCCGUUCUAAAUCUGCUCCUAGAUUGGGAAGUAUUGAUGAGGAACAAGAAGAAGAACAUGAAGAAGAGUUGGAAGAAAUUGAAGAGGAAGAUGAUUGUGUUUCAGACCCCGAUAAUUUAUCUGUUUGUUAUCGAGCAGCACCAGAUCUCGAAUCGAACUCAUCUAAAUGUGAUGGAGGAACUUGUAGCAGUAGCAGCUCAACAACUGCAACUGGUCCAAGCUCAGUUUGCUCGGAAGAAGAUCGAACAAGACUUCAGCCAACUGAUCCAGAUAGUGUUUCCGAAGAAAGUGGUAUGUUUUCUGUCUUCUCAUCCUGAUCUGAUCAUUUUAACAUAACACACAGUUGAAUUCAAAAUAAUCACAUUAACCAAUUACGUCAGACACAGAAAUUUAGCAAACUUUGUGAAUCAAACAACAUUGCAAAAAAGUGUUCUAGACAUAAAAAUAAAACAAGUUUUUUCCAGGUUAUCAUGAGGAACGAAAAAUUGUUCGAGAAUCAAGUGAAGAAAUCUAUGGAUCGGAUAAUGAUUUAGUGAUUCUUGAAGAAGAUUAUGAAGAUGACGAAGAUGAAGAGCAAGUCACUUCGUUGUGA